AUGACGAGCAUCAGCUUGCGUGCUUGCCAGCACGCAUGUUUGCCAGUCUGCGUCUUUGCCAGCAUGCACGUUUGGCAGUUUCUCCUGAGCUUAUCAUCGGCGGACCUGACGGUUGGCCUCGCAUACGGCAUCUACCUCUCCAUGACCUACACGGGUUUCUUUGAACUCUACACGCACCAGGCCACUAGGUUCGUACUCUGCGUCCUGCGCACCGCACUCAUGGACGUCACCCUCGUCGUCUCCGUCACCAACCUGCUGUCGAUCACGAUCGACCGCUGGAUCGCGAUCUGCCACCCGCUGCGCUACCCGACGAUCGUCACCGACCGGCGCGCCAACGCCGCUAUCGGCGCCACAUGGCUGUGGGCGGUGCUCUUCGUCGUCGUGCCGCUGCUGCUGUGGCACAGCACCGAGGCGAUCUGCUCGAUCGAAGUCUUCUUCAACAGGUACCACAUGCUCGCGCAGUGCAUCUACUUGCUGCUGCUGCUCGCCGCGAUGGCCGCGCUGUAUGCCGACAUCGCGCGCGUCGCAAAGCGCCACCGCCAGAGCAUACACGCGCGGCCGAGCGAGGAGCCGGCCGCCAUGCGGCGCCACCACGCGCUCGCGACGACGCGCAUCUUCGCGCUCGUCUUUGGCGCGCUCGUCGCGUGCGUGACGCCGUUCUACGGCGUCUACACGUACCUGGCGAUGCGCGGCCUCGACUACACGGCGCCGGGCUUCUACUGGCCGACGUGGCUUGCCGACGUGCUCUGGGUCGCAAACUCGUGGGUGAACCCGGCCAUCUACUGCUGGAAGUACGCCGACUUCCGGCGCGCGCUCCGCACGCUGCUGCGCCGCGAGGGUUGA